AGAGGGGGAGAGAGAAGCAGAGCGCGAGGUCGGCGCAUGCGCACGUAGACCUGAAGAAGAAGAAGAAAGAGGAGACCCCCCUUUCUCGGGGAAAGGCAAAAAAAAAAAGUCUGCACAAAAGUCCCGCCGCGCUUCGCGGGGCUCGUAUUAAGCUGGCGGGAGCGCCCAUGAGUGUAUUCUACAUAGGCGCAAGAGGAGAAUCUUACCAGAUUCAGCCUUAGAAUGGACAGUUACUUCAAAGCAGCAGUCUCAGACUUGGACAAGCUACUUGAUGAAUUUGAGCAGAAUGCAGAUGAACUUGAAAACAACAAAAUUGUAAAUCCACAUGAUUCCAAAUCUCACUUUCUUUCUUCAGAAUUAGGUUACCAGCAACCAAAAUUCCUGGGACCAAAUGUGCAAGAAAAUAUUGGUAGUUGUACCACAUCAACUGAGCUCUCAUUGUCUAGUCAGACUACAAAUGUAGCAAACUUUGAACUGAACACUGAACAGAAUGAGAAAAAUGUCACUGGGUUAGAUCUUCUGUCUAUGGUGGAUGGUGGUUCUUCAGAUAAAAAUCAAUCUUCUUGCCUUGGGCGAUGUAGCAUACCCAUCUGUGAUCUUAUCAGUGACACAGGUAAUUUGAGCCAUGUGAAAAGUAAUUUGGAGUGCAUUCAAAAGUUGCAACCAGGUGACUUUCAGACCAAUACAAACUCUCUUACUGGUUUUGAUUUAUCAUUGGUAACAGCCACUGCUUGUAACUUGUCUGUUAAUUAUAGUGUGGGUUCUGGCACACAUCAACAGACUGAUGAAGAUACAGCACUGUAUAAUAAGGAAGAUAGCACAACUGAAAAACAGAGCCAAGUGGCACUAAAGACAGACAGCCUUUCUGAAGCAAGUGAAGUGGAAUCUUGUGGGGCUCAAGAAAAGACGGAAACUUUGGAUAACAAUGAAGUAGUUGAUCAGAUAGAACAAACUACAGGCCUGGAGAGGAUAUCAGCUUUAAUAUCCCAACUAACGCCAACUGUACAAAGUUCCAAAGAUGAGCUAAUGUGUGAAAAACUGCCUUGUGAGUUGUUAGUAGAUGAAAAUAGUGCAGAAAGUGAAACGAUACAUGGAGAAAGUGGCAAGCAAGCUAUUUCAAAAGAAGAUAAGAUUGAAUCUGAAGCCUCUAACCUGCCAAAGACACGUGGGUUGAAUAACACCAGCUUAAUAUUGCCUAAAGAAGAGACUUUAUGUGCCUCCUCACUUCAAAUUGAUAAUACGUUGGUAUUGGAUAAAACACCCACCCCUGAGGAAAAUAUCUCUAGUGCAGAAGAGAAAACCAAUGCAACUGCAAAGAUAGUUUCAACAUCGGAGGCCUCUGAAGAUGUACAGACUUCAUUGUCCUGUCUUCCACUUGCUGUUUCUAUAUGUGGAUCACUAGUUUCAACUGAUGACACAAGUGGAAAAACUGCUCAGAGUGAAGCAGCAGAUGUCAUUAGUGAUGUAACUGUGCACACAGAAAAAUAUAACAAUGGCCUUCCUAAAGAAGAAUUGUUUAACAGAAUAGAAGCUUCUGAACAAGAUGGAAAUCUAAACAAACCCAUCCAGUGCUGCCUAGAGAAGCCUUUCUUUACAGAUAGCGAGAAUGUGGGUUUUGACAACAUUACUAGUAAAUGUGAUCUUUUCCAAUACCAAGAUUCUGCUGCUACUUCUAGUAGUUCUUUGGUUACUGAAACAUGCAGCAAUGUUUUGCCCACUGACAUUGGUGAUAGAGCUUCAAUUGAUCUAGCUAUAGAAGAAGACAUUAUUGGAAGUGAUAUGCUAAUUAGUGAUGCUGAACUUGAUGCCUUCUUAACUGAGCAUUGUUCUGAAGUGAUCCAUUCAAAGCCUCUGGAAGAAGAUACUGAUGAUGGACUGUCGGAAUCUGAUGUGAUUUAUGAUAACUUAAUAGAUGCUAACAAACUGAAUGUCAGAAGUGAUAGAUUACAAGUAGAAACGGAAUUUAAGAAGAGGGAAGCUUCCGUUGAUAACAAUUGUAUAGUUUCCAAUUCUGAACCUAGAUUGGGGAUUCUGGGGGGGAAAGGAACACGGCAGGUUCAACAAGAGACUUCAGAUCACAUAAGUGAAACUGCAAAUGAAAUUUCAGACCUCGCAAGCAGCCAACAGAUGGUGCACAGUGGAGGUGCAAGGCCAAAACAGUUGCAAAACUUUUCACCAAAAUCCAAACUCUCUUCUGAGCUUAGUAGUCCAAAUAAACUUGAGAGUGAGCCCCAAGUGAUAAAUUCCACAAUCUCAAAUACCUCUCUCUCAGAUACUAAAAUCAGUUCUGAUUCAAACUUCAGAUUUAAUAAUGGUGACACACAAAGCUGCUUGGAAAACAAAGGUAGUGUCUCACCUGUGAUCUCAGAACCUGUUCAAGUAGUAGAACAAGCUGUAGUCCCAGGGGACAAGCAGCCAUCCUGGGUUCCUGAUUCAGAAGCACCAAACUGCAUGAAUUGUCAAGCCAAGUUCACAUUUACAAAAAGAAGACACCAUUGCCGUGCUUGUGGGAAAGUUUUUUGUACAGCCUGUUGUAAUCGGAAAUGCAAACUUCAGUAUCUGGAUAAAGAAGCAAGAGUCUGCAUAAGCUGCUAUGAGUCCAUUAACAAAGCACAGGCACUAGAAAGGAUGAUGAGCCCAACAGGUCUUGUGCCCAAUUCUGGUACCUCUGAAUAUUCAACUGUUUCACCUCUGCAGGAAGCGCAGACAACCGGGUUGUGCCCUAAAGAACAGAAAAGAGUUUGGUUUGCAGAUGGUAUUUUGCCUAAUGGGGAAGUUGCUGACACAACAAAAUUGUCAUCUGGAGUCAGAAGAUCCCCACAGGAACCAUAUCCUGUUGGAAGUUCAACAAAUGACACUGUCUGUGCAACUGAUAUCAAACCAAAGGAUGAAAUGCAUAUUGCUGGACAAACUGAGAACUUCAGUUCUCCUACUUCUUUUGAUCCAGAAGAAGAUAUCCUGUCCCCCGUAGGACAACCUGAGUUGUCAUGUAAUUCUGACUGUCCGAUUCCUGCUAUUGCUGAAUUCCCCACUAUUGUUGAACCAGUAAAGCAUCUUGUUCCUGCCACAACUAAUGAAGCUAGUGAUGUAACUGCUAGUCCAUUAGAUUACAGGAUGCUUUGUGGUAUUGAAAACUGUGUUAGCAAGGAGAUCAGCCUUAUUCCUGAGGAUAAUGGGUUGCCUCCUCUUCUGCUUGCAAGAGGAGAAAAGGGAGAAGAAUCCUUAAUAGAAGAACAUCCUUCUCAUAAGCAAGUCACUUUACUACUUGAAGAACCUAAUCCACUAACAUUCAUCCUGAAUGCAAAUCUUCUUGUGAAUGUCAAGAUACUGCCUUAUUCUUCAGAAAGGUGCUGGUACUUCUCAACUAAUGGACUGCAUGGUUUGGGGCAGGCAGAAAUUAUUAUACUGUUACCUUGUUUGCCAAAUGAAGAUGAUGUUCCUGAAGAAAUAUUCAAAUUAUUUAUUAAUAUAUAUAAGGAUGCCACGAAAGGAAAAUUCAUAGGAAAUUUGGAAAAUAUUACUUUCACUGAAGGCUUUCUUGGAAGCAAGGAGAAUGGUGGAUUCCUAUUUAUUACACCAACUUUUCAGAAACUGGAUGAUCUUGUACUACCCAAAAAUCCUUUUUUAUGUGGUAUUCUUAUUCAGAAGCAAGAGGUGCCAUGGGCAAAAGUGUUUCCAAUUCGCUUAAUGUUGAGAUUAGGAGCAGAAUAUGGAGUGUACCCAACUCCUUUGACAAGUAUUAGACAUAGGAAGUCAUUGUUUGGAGAAAUAGGACACACAGUCAUGAAUUUACUUGUUGAUCUUCGGAAUUAUCAAUAUACAUUGCAUACAAUAGAUAAUUUAUUUAUUCAUAUGGAAAUGGGUAGAAGCUACAUUAAAAUACCUCUGAGGAGAUAUAAUGAGGUGAUGAAAGUCAUAAAUACUUCUAAUGAGCAUGUCAUUAGCAUUGGAGCCAGUUUUAGUCCUGAAGCAGAUUCUCAUUUAGUUUGUAUACAGAAUGAUGAUGGAGCCUAUCAGACACAAGCAAACAGUGCUACUGGACAGCCUAGGAAAAUUACAGGUGCAAGCUUUGUUGUGUUCAAUGGAGCCCUAAAAACAUCUUCUGGAUUCCUUGCUAAAUCUAGUAUUGUUGAAGAUGGAAUAAUGGUUCAAAUAACUCCAGAGAUUAUGGAUGGCUUGCGUCAAGCUUUAAGGGAAAAAAAGGACUUUAGAAUUACGUGUGGCAAAGUUGACUCUGGAGAUCUGAGGGAAUAUGUAGAAAUUUGUUGGGUAGAAAAUGAAGAAAAAACAAAUGUGAGAGUUACAAGCCCAAUAGAUGGGAAAUCAAUGGAAGGAGUUCCAAGUGAAAAAAUUGUCCAAGAAGAAUAUUUUGAAAUGGACAAUAAACUUGUAAAGUGUACAGAAGUGUUCUAUCUCUUAAAGGCCAGUGACGUAUUCAGUCAUGCUCAACAAUUUGCUAAAGAAAUUGCAUUGGCUUCUUGUAUGGCCCUUCGCCAACAUCUCAAAACCCUGAAAAGUCAUGGAAUGAACAAGAUAGGCCUGAGAGUCUCCAUGGAUACCGAUAGGGUGGAAUACCAGGCAGGAUCUGGAGGCAAGCUUCUACCCCAGCAUUACCUAAAUGAUCUGGAUAGUGCUUUGAUCCCAGUGAUUCAUGGUGGGACAUCAAAUGCUACAAAUCUACCAAUGGAAAUGGAAUUAAUAUUUUUCAUCACUGAAUCUCUUUUAAUAUAACAGGCGUGUAUGUUAUACUGCAGUGGACUGAAUUGCUAGCACUGACCAAUACCAAAGCAGUUAGAUGGAUGGAAUAUUCAGGUUUUAUUUUUUUUAAAAGCCAAUGAUUUAGUAACAUAUCUUUAAUAACAUUUUACCUUUUUAAAAUGUGAGCAUGUUCCUCCUUAAUGUCAACAUGAAAUAUCAUUUUAAAAACUUGACCAUUAUCUAACGUUCUGAAAGUUUACACUUAAUACAGCCCAGUAAAAGGCAAGAAAGGAUUAAAACUAGCUUGUGCGUGCAAAAUACUGAAGGAUAUCCAUCUAUCAUUUACAGAUGUUUUAGGUGGUUUUUUAAAUUAGAUGCAAGUCUGAUAGGCUAUUCUUAAAUAGUUUUGGGUUUGUUUGUUUGUUUUGUUUGUUUGUUUUAAAAAAGAUAAGUGUAAGUGAAACAAAACAGUUUCCAGCUCUUAGUAGUUGAGAUUCAAGUAUAAAAAGCUAUUACUGAAAGUGUUUGGGAGAUGUUUGAACAGAUCAAUAUUACCUAGAAACACAGCAUGUUUCUUACCAUUGCGAUAAUUUUAUAAGACUCUUGAUUUUUUUUUAAUGGUAUGUUUUUGAAGUGUAUAAUGAUGCACUUUUGCAAAAUUUGACAGCUCUCAUGGAAUUACUUUUUGAAUGGCUAACUUUGUUAUAUGUUUAUAAUGGAUUUAUUGAACACAAAAGAUGAAUACCCUUUAUAUUAAAUACCUAAUAUUUUUUCUUCUAUGCUCAGAUGUACAGUUUCUUGGUUUUUCCAAGAAUGAGUAAGAAGCCAGAUGACCCUUAAAGUAGUCAUCCUGUAGCAGUAAAUCAGGCAUGAAGCCUGUCUGUGCUCCAUUCUCUGAUUUUUGAGACAUCUUGGUAUCCCUGUUUAUUUUCAGGGAGAACAAUGUAUUAAGUGUGAAUUUUCACGAACGGUUUCCUGUAUACAGUACUUAUUUUUAUACUGGGGUAUUUGCAUUAAAUAAGCAUUUAUAUAUGAGGAUAAUUGAUAUUAGUACCUGAGAACUCUAAAUACAUUUUGAUAAUGCCUGCAUAAUGUUCCUGUUUGUUAUGCACAGAAGUAAAUUGUGUGUGCCUAUGUGUCUGUUUGAUUAAAGUAUUAGACUGAAUUUAUUGCAUUCUAAUUGUAUCUAGAUGCCUUCUUACAUUCACUGGGGUAUAUUUAUGUUUUAUCAAAAUACAGCUUAUAAACGAAAAUGUUUGCCAGUUUAUGUUACGGUGGCAUAGGAUUUUUGGAGACGUUGAGAAAUUGCUGGCCAUUAGACUAUUAUCAUUGGACCUAUGCACUCCUUUCUAUUCAGAAUUAAAAUUCUGUGGACAAGCUAAAGUUUACAGUAACAUUCAUUACAAUACCAUAUCUAGGUUCUUGUAUCGGUGAACAGAGGAAGACAGCUGCAGCAAAGAAUGCUAAGUGUUUCAAAUAUUGACCCAUCAUAUGUAACCAUGGCUUGUACAACAUUGUAUUGUGUAAAAGCAAUUGUAACCCAUUUUGUCAUAAUAGCUUUAUGUUCUCUUGGAAAUCGAUCCUUUCAGUUUAUAGAUAACAAGUAGCGUUUUAUAAACACUUGUUUUAGAACAAUAUUAUUAGGCCUUAUAAAAUGUAUAAAUAUUAUUAAAAUCUUCAUGAAUGAAGCUGACAAGUACUUAACAAAUGACACAAUAACAUUUUAAAAGCCAUGAAACAUUGCUUAAAGGUCCCCUUCUUUCUGUUGCUUACUUAAAUUGAACUUUAUCGGUUCCCAAAUCUAUUUGAGGUUCCUCAGAGUAACCAUGAAGAUUUCUGCCUCUGUUUUAAAAGUGAACAUGUUAAGCUUAUUGACUUUGGUACAUUCUGGCCAUAAAAAUUGUCUCUGGUCUUAUUUAUAGUAUUACAGACCAUGUACUUAAGAUACAACUCGCUAAAUAACCUGCUAUAAGAAACCUGAUUUUCAGUGUUCUUAAACGCACAGUAGAGAAAUAAAGACUGGGAUUCCAAGAACUCAUGUGUGCCUAACUACUACUAUGUAUGUGUUUCUCAGACAAUAUUCUCAUGCUACAUAGCAAGUUGCUUAGAGGCAAAUUGUGGGGGUUGAAAAAAAGACAAGUAAAAAUACCGCUGAGAAUGCCAGGUGCUUGGAUAUGCACGAAGUAGUUCUUUAGAUAACCGCAAAAUAUGUG